UGUUUCGUUCUGUAGAAGGUGUUAUGGCGGCGCCAGUGGAGGGAAUUUCAAAAGUGAGCAGAUCCUGCUAAAUAGAGUCAAUCUAUCCUCAUGUAUUAACAGUGAAAACUACAAGAAACGCGUGAGCUCAGCUGUCAUUCGGGACGCUUCCUCAUAACAUAACAGAGCCGUCUCCCAAAGAUAAAGACCCAGACUGGUGACCUAAGAUGACCAGAGUAGGUCCCCUGCAGCAGUGUCCUCUAGCAGGGUGCAGUGACCCAGACAUCCGGCUGGUCCCCCUGCCUGCCCCGGUGCCCCUUGUCCCCGCUAGCCUCCUGCGGUGCCCGGAACUGGACCUGUCUCUCCCCCUCAGCCCAGACCCGCCACGGCCCAACCCGGCUAGCCUGCUGAGAGGACGCAGGCACCGGCAGGUGCGAUUUGCCUCUGAGGAGCCUGUGGUUGUCACGGUGAUAGCAGAACCUAGCAAAGACCCUCCACCUUGGCAAUGCCCUGGACAUUCCAGCAGUUACUCAAAGGGGAAAAGACUCCAUGGUGGAGAUCUGCGUUGGAGGGCAAGGUCAGCAACCAAUGAGGAGGCUCCCUGUGAGGAGAGGGGUGGCAGCCUCCCUGAAGGGGCGGAGUUAAAUACUACUCUGGCUCUGAGGGCUGAGCUAGAUAACGUGGCAGGGGCAGAGUUUAACUCCCAGAAGGCCGUGCAGGAGCAACUACAGAAGUCAGACAGAACCAAGAACAGCAUCAGCGCCCGGGCUACGGAGGGGGUGAACGUCCCUCCAUCCCAGCACCUCUACAGGGCAUUGGUCAGUGUGAAUGUGGAGGAGGAGGAGCUUAUCAGCCAGGCUCUACGUGACAGGCUUCAGCUGGUCUCGCCCAAAUGCAGCCAUGGCAACAAGAAAGAGGACAGUCCUGACCUGCAGGUUUUCUUCAGGGGGGAUCUGCUGAGAGAGAAGCCCCUCCUACCAGGGGACGAGAUUACCAUACCACGCCCCCAGCCCAUCCCACGCCCCGCAGACACAACCUUCGACCUCUACCACAGACACACAUGCUGGGAGGCUGGACCCUGACACACACACACACACACUUACUCUGAACCUCUAGACUGAAAGGCCCUGUCCCAAAACUUAAGAAAAGCAUUAUCCCUUCUUUCCCUCCCUACCUCCGUCAUUCUCCAAUAUAAAUAUUGUAUUUUAAACUAAUUGAAGAUAUUAAAGGAAUGAACCUGUA